UGUAGCGUGUAUAGGUGUUCUGUGGUGUAACCGUGUUGCGGCGUGUGUGGUUUGUGCGCGGUUGACGCUUCUGUCGCUUUCUUGCUCGUAGUAAUAGCACGUAAUAGUUGGUUCUUUAUUCUAUGGUAAUGUGACUAACAAGGCUGCACAGAGUUGUGUGCCCGCGUGUGAGGUGUGAGAAAACAAGACGUUGCGUUCUAUGUUACUGUCGAUGGAUGAGGUAGCCGCCUUAAACGAACGCUUGUAUGACUUGCGGAAACCAUUUAAACUCGCAUUUUGCGCACUGAAAGAGCAGAAAGAGGCAUGGGAAGAAUGUAUGGAAAAAGCCCGCCCUCAUUUGAUUGCAAUAGUCACACUGCGGGAAAUACAGGUGAACUGUUGGACAGCGAAACUUGCGGGCAGCGAGCUCUUGUCAAAAUGCCCAGAUAUCCGAGUGCGGGUCGUGCGUAGAGUAGAGAAUGAGCUGUUCCAGGAGAAGGAAAAGUUGGAAUCAAUACUAAAAACAUUGAAGAAGUCUCAGAAUCUUUGUACCAGUGCUUGCCAGCAAGCAGUUGAAAUCUAUGACCGUCUUGCGCAAAAUCGAAGCAUUGAAGACAUUUGUUUCAGAAGCGAAACGUGUCCGUCAGUGGCUGAUAUGCUUGAAUGGAUAACAUGUACAGAACAACACUUUAGUAGCCAUGUUCAUGCAAGAGAACUCUUGCUAGAAGAAGCAAAUUUCGGUGAUGACUUCAAGGCUGGCACCUUUGUAAAAGAGUGGAAAGAUGACUCAGCUUUGAUCGAAUCGAUGAAUGAAUGGAAUGGCUCCUCAAUUUUUGCAUCAUGCCUUCACUGGCACAUGGCUGAAGACAAUGAGUUGGACCAGCAACCUCACGCUGAGUAGUGGCAAGCCGUGACCUCUGAAUCAUUGAAGCAGGUCUCUGAUGAGCAGUUCGCAAACCAUUGAAGAAGGGCUUGUGCACUUUGGUGACCUUGAAGCAAGGCUUUUUGGUGACAUCUGAUGAUGUCCGGCCUGGCCACAAAUAAUGAAAGGGAAAGUAAAGAUAGGGAGUGAGAACUACUUAUCCUAAGGUCUGGCAAGGUAGACAUUGAAAAAAAAAAGCAAGCUUGAAUAAGAUCUAUGCUUGUUAGUAAUUUGAGUGUCAGAUGAGUGCAUUUCUCAAAAGCAUGUUGAUAAUAAUGAGCCCAAUGGUCAGCCACACUUAGUCAUAACAAGGGCGUGUAUUCUCAAUUACGUGGCACACUAGCUGAACAACUUUCUUACAUACACUCUCUAUAUGAUUAAGUGUACUUUUUGUACAUUUCACCUUUUGGACAAGGUAAUAUUGGAACAUUUCAUCAGUGAUGCAAUUCAUGAGGGGAAGAAGCAGGUGCACGGUAAAGAACCCCAGAUGGUCAAAAUUAAUCCACAGUCCACCACUACGAUGUGCCUCAUCAUCAUAUUCUAAUUUUGUCAUGUAAAACCCCAUAAUUUCAUUUAAAUUUUUUGAGGGGAAGAAGCAGUGUGCACAGAGUUGUGAUGUCAUCAGUCAUGCGAUAAGUCAUUCGCAUGGCAUAUUUGCGUGCUCGCAAGCUACUGCUGGCUGUGCAUGCACUGAGAGGUAGCAUGUGCUUAUAUACACAACCAGAGUAUCGUUGAGUGUUUUCUUUUUGUUCAAUUGAGGCUGUCAGCAUGUGCCUUGAUAAUAAAGUAUCUUCUGACCCUUG